CCAAGAUGGCGGCGCGGCGGCGCCGUGCGCAUGUGCGGGGCCCAUGGCGAGACAAGGGGCCGAAGGCGCGCAGGGCCCGAGGCCGAGAGGGCUCUGAAGGCCGUGAGGCUGCUCCGCUCCCGCCCCGCUGAUGCCCGAGGGAGCUGAGCCAUGAAGGGGCAGCAAAAAGCAGCCGAGACCGAGGAGGGGACGGUGCAGAUCCAGGAAGGCUCGGUGGCCACGGGCGAGGACCCCACGAGCGUGGCCAUCGCCAGCAUCCAAUCGGCCGCCACCUUCCCCGACCCCGGCGUCAAGUAUGUGUUCAGGACCGAGGGCGGCGGCACGCAGGUGAUGUACCGGGUGAUCCAGGUGGCUGACGGGCAGCUGGACGCGCAGACCGAGGGCACCAGCGCCAUCAGCGGCUACCCGGCCACACAGUCCAUGACACAGGCGGUGAUCCAGGGCGCGUUCACGAGCGAGGAGCAGGUGGACUCGGAGGCGGCUCCCAGCGAGACGCACUACACCUACUUCCCCGCGGCAGGUGUGGCCGACGGCGCCGCCGCCACCGCCGCCACCGCCGCCACCGCCGUGGUGACCACGCAGAGCUCCGAGGCGCUGCUGGGGCAGCCCACGCCCACAGGGCAGUUUUUCGUGAUGAUGUCACCACAGGAGGUGCUCCCGGGGGGGGCCCAGCGCUCCAUCGCCCCCCGCGCACACCCCUACUCCCCGAAGUCGGAGGCUCCCCGAGCCACGCGGGACGAGAAGCGCCGGGCACAGCACAACGAAGUGGAGCGCCGGCGCCGGGACAAGAUCAACAACUGGAUCGUGCAGCUGUCCAAGAUCAUCCCCGACUGCUCCAUGGAGAACACCAAAUCCGGACAGAGCAAGGGCGGGAUCCUGUCCAAGGCCUGCGACUACAUCCAGGAGCUGCGGCAGAGCAACCUGCGGCUGAGCGAGGAGCUGCAGGGCCUGGACCAGCUGCAGAUGGACAACGAGGUGCUGCGCCAGCAGGUGGAGGAGCUGAAGAACAAGAACCUGCUGCUUUGGGUUACUGGGAGCACUGGGAGUUACUGGGAGCACUGGGAGUGCGCUGGGGGAUAUUUUAGGGUUCAGGGUGAUAUUUUGGGGUUCAUGGUGAUAUUUUGGGGUACAGGGCGAUAUUUUGGGGUCACUGGGAGAUGUUUUGGGGUCCCCAAACGCAGGUGGAGGAGCUGAAGAACAAGAACCUGCUGCUGCGGUGGGUUUGGGAUGCUGGG